AUGACGACUAAUUGCCAAGGAACACCACUCCAAACGAAAUUGCAAAUUCUCGUCGGCGACGCACUCAAAACAGAGCUACCAUUUUUCGACAUUUGCAUAGCCAACGUUCCGUACCAAAUCAGUUCCCCAUUGGUAUUCAAACUGCUGCUGCAUCGUCCAUUCUUCCGAUGUGCCGUUCUGAUGUUCCAACGCGAAUUUGCCCAGCGAUUGGUGGCAAAACCCGGCGACAAACUGUACUGUCGCCUUAGCAUCAACACACAAUUGCUGGCAAGAGUCGAUCUGUUGAUGAAAGUCGGAAAGAACAAUUUCCGACCACCGCCGAAAGUCGAAUCCAGUGUGGUGCGCAUUGAGCCGCGAAAUCCUCCACCGCCAAUCAAUUUUUCCGAAUGGGACGGAUUGACCAGAAUAGCAUUUUUGCGGAAAAACAAAACGCUGGCCGCUUCAUUCAAGCAGACAUCGGUGCUGGCCGUUUCACAUCACUCUAUUAGACCACAUUACCAUAAAUAA